AUGCAAGCCUACGGUCGUUAUGAUUUUAAUGCAACGGCCAAUGAUGAACUUAGUUUCCAGAAAGGAGCUAUGCUCAAAAUACUCAAUAUGGAAGAAGAUAUGAAUUGGUAUAAAGCUGAAUUAAAAGGACAAGAAGGUUAUGUACCAAAAACUUACAUCGAAGUGGUUCCUCAUCCUUGGUUUUAUGGAAGUAUAUCACGUGCUGAAGCCGAAAAAAUUCUUCUUCAAAAAGAUUCAAAUACUCAACGAUAUCAACAAGCUGAUGGUGCUUUUCUUGUACGAAUGUGUGAAUCAUCUCCGGGUGAUUUUUCACUUUCAGUCAAAUGUCAAGAUCAAGUUCAACAUUUUAAAGUUUUACGUGAUGGUAUGGGUAAAUAUUUUUUAUGGGUUGUUAAAUUUGAUUCAGUUAAUGAAUUAAUUGAAUAUCAUCGUACAACUUCUGUUAAUCGUGGACAAAAUUUAUUACUUAAAGAUAUGGGUUCAGAACAAACACAAACACAAUCAUAUAGUAAUAAUAUUAAAAGUGCACCAAGAACAAUACAAAAUUUUCAACCACCACCACCGCCACCCUCAAAUUCUUCAGGUCCAUCAAAUGAUGGUCAAGCAUAUGUAGCUGCUUACGAUUUUCAACCACAAGAAGAUGGUGAAAUUGAAUUAAAACGUGGUGAUCGUAUUCGAAUGUUAGAUCAAAGUGAUGCAAAUUGGUGGAAGGGUGAAGUUCGUGGUACUAUUGGUCUUUUUCCUGCAACUUAUGUUCGACCAUUGUAA